AUGUCCAUCGGAUAUUUAAGUACUCUGCUCUCUUUGCACUUGCGCAACAACAAUCUCUCUGGUGACAUACCUUCUUCCCUGGAGAAUUGUACGGAACUAAUUACAAUUGACGUUGCAGGAAACAAAUUAGGGGGGAAGUUACCAACUUGGCUGGGUCCAAGUCUUUCCAAAUUGAGGAUUCUCAUCCUGCGCUCUAACAAGUUUAAUGGUGAAAUUCCCCCUGAACUAUGCCACCUGUCUUCCCUGCGAGCCUUAGAUGUUUCCAACAACUAUUUUGUGGGUGUGAUCCCGAGUUGUUUCAAGAACUUUACCUCCAUGGCAACAGAAGAGAGCGUUUACUUGCGCAAUAAUGAGACAACUUACUUCUAUUCUGGUUACCCAGAGAGUGUACAAUUGGCAAUUAAAGGAAAUGUAUACGAAUAUAACUGGAUUCUUGGACUUUUCUGCAGCAUUGACCUCUCAAACAACAAUUUUUCUGGCAAGAUCCCUCUUGAACUAACCAAUCUUUUGGGGUUGAAAUCUUUGAAUCUGUCCGGCAAUCAACUGGGAGGAACGAUUUCAAGCAACAUCGGCCAAAUGGGACGGCUAGAAUCUCUUGAUCUAUCAAGAAAUCAUCUCUCAGGGACAAUUCCUUCUAGCAUUUCAAAACUAUCCUCCUUGGGUUUCUUGAAUUUGUCUUUCAAUAACUUGUCAGGGAAAAUUCCGUCAAGCACACAAAUGCUAAGUUUUGAUGCUUCUUCCUUUGCUGGUAACCAACUUUGCGGCCGCCCCCUGACAGUGCAUUGUGGCAGCAGCAGCACUGAUGGUGUGACUGUAAUCCAAGAAGAAAGUGUCGAAACUGCUGUGGAUUAUUGGCUUUAUAUCUGCAUUGGUGUGGGGUUUGUCAUCGGCUUUUGGGCUGUUUCUUUUACUCUAAUACUGGAGAAGACAUGGAGAUACGCCUAUUUCCGCUCUCCACCCCCGAUCCAGAACUGUAGUAGCAGCAGUAAUAAUGGUGUUACAAUAAUCAAGGAAGAAAGUGCUGGAGCUGUGGUGGAUUAUGGGCUUUAUAUUUCCACCGGUGUGGGGUUUGUGGUCGGCUUAUGGGGUUUGAUGAAUAAGAUCAGAACUGAAGAAUACAUUAGACUUAAUGCGAAGUGGAUAAAAUGGAAAGUAAAUGUUAAUGAGAACCCACAAGUGAUGAUUAGAGUCAAUGUCUCCUGCUACGAUACUUUUGAUUUGAGUGGCAAUACCUUUGAAGUCCCAGUCCUAAAGCAAAAAUUUGAAGCUUCAGUCACUUUUCAGAAGAAGUUGACAGAAAGCCGGGACAGGGGCCAAAUAUAA